UUCGAAAAAGGGCGGCAGAUUCCAAAUCCCCCCCUUUUCUUCGACGUCCAUGCCGGCUGUGGCGGGGGUUCAUCCAGCAAACGUCGGUAAAGAAGGCGGUUCGUACGACCGUACGUCGAGAGAAGGGGAACAAAAUAACUGAAAGAAAAAAAAAUGUAAAAUAAAAUAAUAAUAACUGCGGGAUCAUCCGACAGGUGGCGGAGUUCGGAAAACUUUUACCUUCCCUCAGCCGGCCUGCUUGUUUCUGCUUUCCACUCACUCCAACGAGGUUUAUUCCGAAGCAAGUCGUCUCCCCGAGCACUGCAGUUCCAUCUCAUCUCAACCCCGAAAACCCGUGGAGGUGUGUAUUAGCGUGCCUCGGAUGGCUUUCUAUUGAGGGUGCUUUCGCAAUUUUCGGGAUUCAAAGGAUGCUCUGGUCUCGUUAUAGCAGAGUAUGAAGAAAGGAUAUUUUGAAAUCGGAUUGUUUCUGCUGUUGCUUCACUUCGGUUGGAAUCUAAAGUUCGUUAUGACAAAGCGUUCUCAUCAUCACCGACCGCAAAAUUUGAGCGAUUGUUCCAGUUGCCCACCAGGUUACGGUGUCGAACGUCACUGCAACCGCCACCACGACACAGAAUGCACAGCCUGUGCUUCAGACCAUUACUCAAGUCAUCAUUCAUCCCACAGACCUUGUUAUCCCUGUUCGAGGUGUGGUGUAGGCCUUUACGUGGCUCAUCCCUGCACGGCCUCUAAAGACACUGUCUGCGAUUCCUGCCAUACAUACAAAGGCCCACACAACGAAAAUUUCUACGAGAGGUGUGUCAAACCUUUGUUGGAUCAAGGAAGAAAUAGCUCAGGCGGAAUUCAUAAUCCAACCAGUCUUACCAAAGAGAGUCAGUCUGUCAUUGCCGUGGAUAUUCCACAAAGCAUCUCAUCAUCAGUUGUCAUUGCUUCCGGAGUAAUAAUCGGAUCAUUGGCUGUCAUUCUAAUAGCUACCUGUUUCGUGGUGCACAAACGCCGCUACUGCAAAAGGACGGAUCAUCGGUACUUGUAUGAAGCUGUUGCCACUCAAGAAGCUGUGAUGUUAUAAUAUUUACUUACAUCAGAUUGCAUUUAUUCGACGCACAACUUCCUAGUGCUGCCA